AUGACUUCUCCAAGCUUUUUUCCAAUGUUGUCAUUCCUGUUUUUCCUUAUUUUUUCGUUCUCGUGGGUGACUUCAGCUCACACUCACGAGAGUUUUCUUCAAUGCCUUGAUUCCCAAAACUCCCACUCCAUUUCUAAGCUCAUUUACAGCCCAAUCAACUCCUCGUAUUCAUCAAUCUUGCAGUUUUCUAUUCAUAAUCUCAGGUUCAACACAAGUUCCACCCCAAAACCUCUAGUUAUUGUUACUCCCACCAACAUAUCCCACAUUCAAGCUGCCAUUAUUUGCUCCCAGAAGCAUGGCAUGCAAAUAAGAAUUCGAAGUGGUGGCCAUGAUUAUGAAGGUCUUUCUUAUGUUUCUACGUUCUCAUUUGUGGUAAUUGAUCUAAUCAAUCUUCGAACAAUCAACGUUGACGCGGAGAAUAAAACUGCAUGGGUUCAAUCUGGGGCGACAAUAGGCGAGGUUUACUAUAGAAUUGCUGAGAAAAGCAGAACUCUUGCUUUCCCAGCAAGUGUUUGCCCUACCAGAAUCAAUGGGAGAAGAUCUAUUUUGGGCCAUCGGAGGUGGUGGAGGAAAUACUUUUGGUGUGGUUAUUGCUUGGAAAAUAAGUCUAGUCUCAGCUCCACCUUCUGUGACUGUUUUCAAUGUUCAAAGAACACUGGAACAAAAUGCUUCCAAGCUUGUCCAUCGGUGGCAGUUCUAGCAGAUAAGCUUCAUGAAGAUCUCUUCAUCAGAAUUAUUCUGAAUAGAGUCAAUUCCACUGAAGAAGGAAAGUCCAACACAACAAUACAAGCCUCAUUCAAUUCAUUGUUUCUUGGUGGGAUUGAUAGACUUCUUCCAUUGAUACAAGACAGCUUUCCCGAGCUCGGUUUGGUAAAAGAAGAUUGCAUUGAAAUGAGUUGGAUUCAGUCUGUCCUCUACUUCGAUGGAUUCCCAAGUAAUUCAUCCUUGGAUGUUUUGCUUGAUAGAACUCCUUCAACUAGAAGGAAUUUCAAAGCGAAAUCAGACCACGUCAAGGAACCUAUAUCCGAACUUGGAUUGGAGGGGAUAUGGGAAAGGUUCUUCGACAAAGACAUCAACACACCAAUACUGAUCUUCAGCCCUUACGGAGGAAAAAUGAGUGAGAUUUCAGAGUCUAGCAUCCCUUUUCCACAUAGAGCAGAGAACAUAUACAAGAUUCAACACCUAAUAUAUUGGGAUGAAGAGGGGAUUGUGGCAACUAAGAGGCAUAUAAGCUGGAUCAGAAGACUCUACAGUUACUUGGCUCCUUAUGUUUCAAAAACUCGUAAAGCUGCUUAUGUCAAUUACAGAGAUCUUGACACAGGGAUAAAUAAUCCUGCAGGCAACACAAGUUAUAGACAAGCAAGCAUCUGGGGCCUCAAAUAUUUCAAGAAUAAUUUUGACAGAUUGGUACAUGUGAAGACUGCUGUCGAUCCUGCGAAUUUCUUCAGAAAUGAACAAAGUAUCCCACCUCUAUCUUCUUGGUGAUGGGAGAGAUUUAAAAGACCACAUGGAAAAUAUUUCAAUAAAUGUGUUUUUCUGUACUUAGACAUCAAUAUUUUUUUCUUAUGAUAAGCUGGACUAUGAUUUUAACAGAAUUGCC